UGACUCUGUAUCUGUUGAAUGAGGAUAAAUGGCCCUGGGUGCAGCUGCUGCAAUGCUACGCUUUCCGGCCUUGCGAGAAGUCGGGUGCCACGCGGGGAUUGGUGCCACAGUUCUUACUGCGGUGUCGCCGGGCUGACCAAGAAGGAGGACAACGCUUGUCUGUCUCCACCGCCGGCUUCCGGCUACCCACGAGAGCCAGGUACAGGUGAUUAAUACUUAUCACACUGUGUUCAUAAUGGAGUUUCCUGACUUGGGGAAGCACUGCUCAGAACCGACUUGCAAGCAGCUGGAUUUUCUGCCAGUAACAUGUGACGCAUGUAAACAAGAUUUCUGUAAAGACCAUUUUUCCUAUGCCGGUCAUAAGUGUCCCUUUGCAUUCAAGAAGGAUGUGCAGGUUCCCGUGUGUCCCCUCUGUAAUGUCCCCAUCCCUAUGAAAAGAGGCGAGAUCCCAGAUGUGGUGGUUGGAGAGCACAUGGACAGAGAUUGCACCUUUCACCCUGGGAGGAACAAAAAGAAGGUUUUCACACAUCGAUGCUCAAAAGAGGGAUGCAGGAAGAAGGAGAUGCUGCAGCUGGCUUGUGCACAAUGCCAUGGCAACUUCUGCAUUCAGCACCGGCAUCCUCUGGACCACAACUGCCAAGCUGGGAGCAGCUCGGCCAGCAAAGAGAGACCUUCAGCAUCCAGAGCUCCUGAGCAGAAGCCGUCAGGAAUCAGUUGGCUGGCCCAGCAACUCAGGCGAACCGUGAAGUGACAGCGUGGCUCCUGUCUGGACCUCGCACCAACUCCUUUCUGUUGGGUUUUAACCUUGGUGAUGUGGCCUCCGGCACUUUCCUGAUUCUGCUGUUACAUGGAGUCUUUAUGGAAAAGUCUCCCAUUGACUGUUAAAGUUAGGGCAGGGAGAUGGCUUACAUCAUGAGGACCUAGUUUUUCCCAAGAAUCCGUGUUUUAAAAAAGCCAGAUUGGGGGUUGUUGCACACUUGUAAUCCCAACACUUGGGAGGUGGAGACAGGAGAAUCCCUGGGCCUUUGUGACCAGCAGCCUAGCCUAAUUGCGGAGUUCAUACCACCAGAGAGAGACUGACAUACCACCUCGAGAAACAAGGUGGACACUUACUGGGGAGGGACAUUGGAGAUUCACUACCAGCAUCACACACACACACAAUGCACAAAUUAUUUAACAAAAUAAAUAAAUGUUCAUCACUUGGAGGUGUGUUAGGUUACCAUAGCAAGCUGCUGAGCUCAGGAGCUGAGGAUCUGUCUAAACCUUAUUAGCCGUGGCCUGUGCUAAACCAUUCCAGGACUUGGUGUUCUGGGAAAUUCUGUCCUGUAACAGAAAAGAACUGCUGAUGGCUCUACAUUCUUCCCUACAUGGCUUCAGUAAUGAGAUGCUUGUGGGGCACAGUCCACUCAUGGUGCCCAAGAACACAAGUCAGUGUAGUGCCCUUUCCUAACCUUGGGCCAGAGCUAAAAGCUGCUGUGGAGAGGGGAGGGGUGUGCACUUGGCCUGCAGUAAUCUCUCCACAGUUGACUAAAGCAACCAGCUUAACCAUGCCAUGACUCCUCAUGCCUGGGUUCAGGGUUUUUCUUUGAGACGGUCUCACUGUGUAGCUCCAGGUAUCCAGGAAAUUACUUUAUAAACCAGUCUGGCCUGGAAAUCACAGAGAUCCGCCUGCCUCUUGCCUCCCAAGUGAAGGUACAGGUUUAACUCCAAGAAGAGCAUCAUGGAAUGGGAGCCAUCUCGGAACUUCUGGUAUUGAAAUAGAAACUUCCCACGUGCUGAAGUGCCAUGGUAGCAGGCAGAGGGCAUCCUUCUUGGGCUCUUUGAGGAACAGUGGGGAUGGGCGCAGGGUGCAGCCACCAUCGGUCUUGUGUCACCUGCAUAGCUUGACCACUUCUACCACCAGCUGCCCAUGACAUUGUGGGGAAAGAGUAUGUCUUGAGUACCCUGGUGUGACGGACACCAGCACUAGAUUGAUCCUGAUGAUCACUGAGUGUCAGGGAUGACAUGGGACCAGCUGCCCAAGUCAGUUUUGCCCUUAACCAUGAUUUCUUGACACUUUUGGGAAAGCUAAACUCUGAAUUACAUACCUAGCAGCAUUCUGCAGGUUGUGUGGCCUCUGGCUGUGGUCGUGAGGUUGGGGUGGGUUCUACUCAGUCUGUUCUCCAAGGACUUGACUGUGACUGUCCUAAGCCAGUGCAUCUCCAGGGUCCACAUCGGUAGAGCUCCUGACUCUUCAUUGCACUGCCUCCUACCCCCAGUCUCUGGCUAGAUCUGAGGGGAUACAGGGUUUGCUCUUAGCACCACUGCCUGGAUCUUGUUCUAUGUGGGGACACUGAGGCAAAUUGUUUUCCUGUGCCUCCACUUCCCAGGAUGGUGGUAGCCAGCAUAGCGGAGCUUUUAAUUCCACUUCAGUUUUAAAAUAGCUGGGUUCAUUAAUUAGACAGUGUUUAAGUAUGUGAGGGACCUGGAUGUAUGGAUCUACCUCCUAACCAUUUUAUGAAAUAAAAAUGCCUGAGCUGAAAUGACUCCAGAUUGAGAAUUAAAAGCACACUGGGUGGGCCUGGACAAUGGCCCUGUGAUUUAAAAGUUGGACUGCUCUUUGAGACUACAAGAGUUCAGUUCCCAGCAUCCACAUUGGAUGCCUCACAAUUAUAUAGAGACUUCAGCUCCAGGGGCAUCCAAUUCCUCUGUCCUCUGGACACUUGCACUCAAAGGCACAGACUAAACACAUAAAGAAAAAUCAAGUACAUUGGGAAAGGUUAGGGCCAGUGAGGAGCUGGGGCCAUGAUUCUAUAGGAGGGCACGUGCCUAGAACCCCUCAGGUCUGGAGCAUUGUGUAGUAGUAAAGCACCUGCCUAUCUCAUCUGAGACAAAGGAAGCAAAACAAAAUCACCAGGCUUUGAAGACAAUAUCAAAUAGAAGACAUUGUUUAUGUGUUGAAGUACUUUAUAUAUGAUGGUUAAUAAAACUAAUUUAUUUUA